CUCGUUCCUUAUUUAGGGUUCCUUAGGUCAACGCCCCGACUGUACCCUUCUCCGCCUCCUGGUCCGUAGUCGCAUUGGCAACAGGGCUGACCAGUGCGCCCACGCGGGGCGCUUCCGUGUGCGUACUGAACAUCUGAGGGCAGGAUGGCGUGCCGCUUGGCCAGGGCCGCUCUGCUGGCGCUGGUGCUCCCCAGCUGGGCUGCCGGCAUUCAAAUCGAGUCCGCCGUCGACGAGAGCUCCGAGGACCAGCACCAACGCACCCAACGCUCUCAACGCACUCAACGCACUCAUGAAGGCACUUGGGUGUACACGCCGACGGGGAGGGUCCCGAACCCGAGGAAAACAAUCUCCAUCGCCGACGAGCCGCUGUCGCCGUUCGGCCAGUCUGGGGUGAAGACGGCCGCCGAGAACGAGAAGGCGCGCCAGGCGCUGCUGAUGCUGACCUCGGUCGAGAAGAAGCAGCACAUGUAUGACAGCAUGCACUCGUUCGUCCAGGGCGGCCCACCGCAGAACGAGUUUGGCGACACGUUCGACAUCCCGCUGAAGUCGCAGGUCUGAGGGGCGCGGCCAGACGGCGAUGAGAAGUGCGGGCCCAGCGGUGCGGGGCGAGCGUCUGAUCCGCGCGCGGUGGGCCAAGUCCUCCCCCCUUUAGUCCUGUCAUACUGGAUCGGCAUCGCUUCCAGCUCAGUAUUCUGCUGUUGGCGCUAGGGACUUCGCACGAUGGCGCUGACCUGGAA